GGCUAUAUUCCUUGACCAUCGUUGGGCAGGCUAAGACUUGUGAAUUUCCGUCCUUUUGCUUGCGGAAAAUGCACUAUAUUUCGGUCUCUCCACUUUACAAACACCAGUCCAUCUUUGCUGACCCUCCAGUCAGAUUGUUCUCGGAUGGGCAAUUCUCUGUCCGAUACUAAGUCUUUUGAGAUAUCUUUUAGGUUAGUCCUGACA